AUGCCAGCUGCCCCCAAGUGCUGGGCUUGUUUCUCUGUGGAGCAUCAGUCACCUGUGGAGCAGAGCCUCGGUGAACAGUGCCUUUAUCCUCGACCCAUCAUGUGGUAUUCAGUGCCAUGGUCUCAGCAGUCUCACUGGUCACCUCAAUCCAAGCACUUAAAGCUUGUCACAGUCUAUGUGUUGGUGCUCUUGGUAUCACUCAGCUUUGUGACAGGCCAGAGCAGAUCAUUUAAACAUCAGAUAGACAACAGAAGUCCUGAGAUUGAUCCAUUCUGGUAUGUGGGACGUGGAGUCCGACCUAUUGGCCGGUUUGGAAAAAGGCAGCUAAGAAGCAGCCAGAGCAGCUUAAAACCCGGAGACAGAGGCCUGGACCUGAUCUUGAAUGCAUUAUGGGAACCAGAAGCAAUGGAUGAAGAAGAGGAUGAUGGCUGGUGACCUCAUUUUUUGCUGGAGUAACAACACUAACUUCCAUUUCAAUUGCAUUCUCCUGUCUCCUCACACACACUUUAACCCUUUUGCCUAGUUGUCCUCUGCCAUGUAAUCUAUUUAUUUCCCAUGCAAAUUCAUUUAAAAAGAAUUGCACUCAGGUUUCAGAUGGAAGGUGAAAAGUGGCACUGAAUGCAACCAUAAGUUGUUAGUAGUAUUUUUGCUCUGAGCAAAGCACUCCCCCAAUAAUACCCACCCUGUGCCUCGACAUCACCAUUCACUGUGACAUUAGAUCUGCCCAAGAGCCAAACGAUUCUUGUGCUUGGAAUUAACUCUGUAUAAAACAUAGUGUCAGUGCUAACGUGUCAACAAACCUUUCUGUCGCAUUUCCAGUGGGUAUAUUGCCUGCCCUUAUUGGUAGUUUAGUGUUCACAGGGUCUUUAAUCCUACAUUAUCAUACUGGGGAAACAGGACCAAGGUAUGCUGUUGUCCUGAUUGAGCUCCCUUUUAACAAUCUUAAAUAUAAUCUUCAUGAGACUUCGUUAGUCAGGGAGCUCUAAGUCACUCUUCAAGCACCAUAAGUAAUGAACAAACCUAUUAUAAUGGACUGCAUAAAGAAGUCAUGAUUUCUGGCUUAACAUGAAUCAUCAUUAUGUCAGUUAAUUAAAUUAUAGUAAUUUUAUGAGCAAUACUAAUUACAAUAUAUUUAAUCUUGAUUAGUAGCUAUUACCACCAAAAUACUUAAGAUAAAAUUAUAAGCAGUGCUAAUACUUUGUGGCUUAUAUCCAAAAAAGAUCAUUUAACACUUAGCUAAUGAACUAGAAUUAUCAUGAAUAGCACUGCAGAAGAAGCAUUAGAAAUCUUUCUAGCCUUGUUCUUCUUGAAUCACUGUCAGAAAGUUCAAUAACAGUGAAUUAAUCAGCAAAUAAUUAAGUCCUUGUAAUUAUUUCUGCCCAUGAAUUAUCUGCCAACAAGAUCUGUGUUGCUUUACAGAAUUUAUUGUUAUUGUCAGUUGUGUGACACUUUGUAUGGAGAAAUUUGGGACUCGGGCCUGUUUGCAUACUACUUACUAUGACUCUCCAUUAUUUGCUAUUCACAUCAUAUAUCACUGGACUCAUGUGGCACUGUCCUUUUUUUUAGAAGGGUUGGUGAAUACUUUAUGACUCCUCCAGUUUAUUAAAUCUAUUCAUGGCCAUUUAUAAAUGUUUGGCACAUCUUGCUUGAAUACUGUAUUUUAUCACAUACAACACAGCCCCAAAUAAAACAUGCACCUUGUUUUUAGAAAACAGAAUGUAGAAAAAAAGGCUUUUUCAGAGUCAUGGCUGACAGCGUGGCCACCCUCUACUGUGGCUGUAGAGAAAAUCCUCCUAGAAACAUAGUGUGUCCAAAAGUAUGGCAUCAGGAACUCCCAGUGUGGCUGACUGUCUCCUGACAGCAUGGAGUUCCCCACUGUCUGGAAGAUGCACUCACACCCUAACCAGGGAGUUGGGGGCUAGGAAAAGUGGCAACAAUGCAGGUGCAGCUUCCAGGUGACUGGCCCCAGUGCAGGCACAGGGAAAGUUCCUUGGUGCUGAUGUUCUGGGCUGUGGCUUGAAAACCUUGCCAGUCCCUGCUGUAAAUAGUUCUUUAUAUAAAUUCCUGUAAUUAAAUGGUGUGUCUACACAUGCAUUUACUCCGGCCUAAGUUUACACUGGUGUAAUAUAAUCUGGUGUAAAUCCUUUUG